AUGCUGCCCCAGCGAGCCGGGCUCCGGACAGGCGGACUGACUGGCAAGUGCGCAGCGCCUGAGCUACCCCGCACCGCUGCGAAUACUGGAGUGGGGACCAAGGGGCACCUGAAACCCGUGGCAAAGAAGGAGGUGACACACAGCGGGAUAGAGGCUACCUUAGAGCAGCACUUGGAGGACACAAUGAAGAAUCCAUCCAUUUUCAGAGUCCUGUGCACAGAUUCACAGGGACUCAAUCUAGGUUGCUGCGGAACCCUGUCAGAUGAGCAUGCUGGGGUGAUAUCUGUACUAGCCCAGCAAGCAGCUAAGCUAACCUCGGACCCCACUGAUAUUCUUGUGGUGUAUCUAGAAUCAAAUAAUGGGAAGAUUAUGAUCCAGAAACAUGACGGCAUCACAGUGGCAGUUCACAAAAUGGUCUCCUGA